UCCCGGGAAGUCUCGCGAUGCCGUAGCCCGGUGCUCCCGCUGCGGGAGGCGCAGGCUGUUGCUGUGGUUGCCUGAGUUGCUGCUGCGGCGGCGGCGGCAGCGCUGGUGGAGGUGUCGGCUCUUGGGCGGAUGUUGACAUUGUGUUGUUGUUAUUGCUGACGGUAAUGGCGGCGGCGACGGCCGGGACCCCGUCUCCUCUGUAGCCGACGCCGAGACAGCCCAGAGUGAACUCCGCGGCCUCGGAGCCCGCGGCAGCGACUCCCCUCAGCCUCCGCCGCCUUGCCAGCCCGUAUCCCGGCCUCAGCCCCUGGACAGGCCCCUUCGGGCAGGGGGCCUCGGAGGCUCAGGAUGGCGGAUUUCGACGAGAUCUAUGAGGAGGAGGAGGACGAGGAGCGGGCCUUGGAGGAGCAGCUGCUCAAGUACUCGCCGGACCCGGUGGUGGUCCGCGGCUCCGGUCACGUCACCGUAUUUGGACUGAGCAACAAAUUUGAAUCAGAAUUCCCUUCUUCAUUAACUGGAAAAGUAGCUCCUGAAGAAUUUAAAGCCAGCAUCAACAGAGUUAACAGUUGUCUUAAGAAGAACCUUCCUGUUAAUGUACGUUGGCUACUUUGUGGCUGCCUUUGUUGCUGCUGCACACUGGGUUGCAGUAUGUGGCCAGUUAUUUGCCUCAGUAAAAGAACACGAAGAUCGAUUGAGAAGUUAUUAGAAUGGGAAAACAAUAGGUUAUACCACAAGCUGUGCUUGCACUGGAGACUGAGCAAAAGGAAAUGUGAAACGAAUAACAUGAUGGAAUAUGUCAUCCUCAUAGAAUUUUUACCAAAGACACCGAUUUUUCGACCAGAUUAGCAUUUACUUUAUUUAUAGAGACUUUCCAAGUAUGUUGUCUUUCCAAUGGUGCCUUGCUUGGUGCUCUCCUGGUGGUGACAUAACAUUGGUUCUACAGAAUCGUGUGGUGUUUUUUUCCGUUUUUGUUUUUUUAAAUAACCGCAUGUUCUAAGUGUGCAUUUUUGUCAGACUUCGCAACAGUUAUUUCAUACAGAUGUUUAAUACUUAAGUUAUUGUGCUCUUUUAUGUUAUAUAUUCUGAUUUUCAAGGAUUACUUUUUUGUAUUAUCAAAAAAAUACAUUUGAACUUAGCAUAAAAAGUGGCCAGCCUUUUUUAUUUUACCACCAAGGUACACACAGUCCUUUAUUUAUUAAUUCCUUAAUAUAGAAAAAGACCUUUGUAAGGCUCUACUUAUCUAUUCUAGCAAGCACCCUCUUUGUAUUACUUUUCUUGCUUUUUAAAUUUAUUGUCAUUAUUUUAAAAUAGUAAAUUUUCUUUCAUAGCUUUUUGAACCCUAACAUAUUCUUUCUCAUACAAUUCCUAAUGCUCUGUUUACAGCAGAAAUAUCUGUAACAUUAUGAAGACGUAUCAAAAAGUUUUGAAGGUAUUUCUGUCUUCAAAAGUAGUAAGGCAGGAUUAAAUUAUUUUCAUUAGAAUAGACAAAUCCCUGAAUGGUAUGCAUGCAUCUAAUGGUUACUAGAGCUCAGGAUCACAAAAUAUAGUAGCAUUACAAUCUGUAUAUUUUUGAUCAAGAUGAUAUUAAUAAUGGCCUUAUUUGGGUUAUUUUUUAUUGUUUAUCAAAUCUUGUAUACAAAAGUAUAGAAAUACUCCUUUAAAAAAUUUCUAAGGAAAAUAUUUGUCCCAGUCUAACACAACUGUAGAAUGGAUAUGUGUUUCUGAAAAGUUUUUGAAAGAAAGCAAAAGUUGUAGAAUUAAAUAAAGUAAGCUGGUGUUUAAUACCCCACUAAUAUUUAAAACAGAUUAUUACUAAGAAAUGAAGGGCAUAUUUAGUACUGUUUUAGUCCACUAGUUUGCUUUCAGUCCAGUUAUGUAUACUUUUUUGAUUGAGAGUGUGACAUACAAGUUUGAGUCAGAUCAGUUCGUUUCUUUCAAAUAUGUACAGACAUACACUUUUUUCUCCUUUUGGUUGUACAUAUCUCCAUGCAUUUUAAAACUUUCUAAAUUUCUGAAUGGCCUAUGUAUAAAUUUUUGUUUUUAUAAACCUGAAAUUAUACAAAUUUUGUGUGUGUCAAGAACUUGUUCCGUACAACUGUGGUAUCGAGCAAUAAUGUGAAUAACUUUUGAAAUUAUAUAAACUAUGCUUAAUUUGUAUUAAGAAUUGGUACCACUAUAUAAUACUUUUUUUUCCUUGUAUUAAAUCUUUUAAAUACCA